AGCGGGCGGGCCGCCGCGUUGCAUUGUGGUCCCUUGGUGGUAAAAUGGCUCCCUUCGGCCGGGCGCUGCUCUCCAUCCGCACUUGGAGCCGUUUUUGCGCCGGCCGGAGGGCGCUUUGCGACGGUCCCAACGCCGCGUCGGGAUGGAAACUCUACGGGGCACUUUGCUUGCAGCGGAGGCCGCUCCUCGCGCAGCCCCCGAGCCCCGAGGAGGAGGAAAUGGCCGAGCUGACGCAGCAGAUAGAGGUAGAGAAAAGCUUGUAUUCAGACCAUGAACUCAGAUGUUUCGCAGAGGAUGAGUUUCUGCGUCAAAGGAGUAAAGAGAAAUACGAUAUUUCUGAGAAAAUUGUCCUGGUCCAAGAUAUUGAAGAUGCCUGGGAACAGAAAUUUCAGAAGUUCAAACCUGCCCCACGGAUAACAGAAGCUGACCAAAAGAAUGACCGGACCUCUUUGAACAGGAAGUUGGACCAGAAUUUGUUGCUUUUGGUUAAGCAGAAAUUUGGAGAUGAAGAUAUAUGGCUGUUGCCCCAGACAGAAUGGCAACAAGGAGAGACGUUGCGAGACACAGUAGAACGGGUUUUGGUUACCCUUCCAGGAGUCCAGACGCAGGCCAGGUUCCUCGGAAAUGCGCCCUGUGGCUUUUACAAGUUCAAGUUCCCCAAGGCAAUCCGCACCGAGACCAACACCGGAGGAAAAGUGUUCUUCUUCAAAGCCUUCUUGGAAGGCAGCCCCCAACUUUCAUCCAAGGAGAAAGCGGACUACUUAUGGGUCAGCAAAGGAGAGCUGGAGGACUACUUGAAACCUGCAUACCAUUCUCAGGUUUCUCAGUUCUUAGUGGACAUCUGAAUACUAGAACGAUGUUUCUCUUCUGUCACCAUCAGUGUGGAAAGUAAGAGGAGGGACUUCACUUGAAUGAUGGAGAUGGCACCACGUGUCCUUUGUGUAGAAGCUUCAUUGGGUCCAGGAUAAGGAUAAUAAAAUAAAUACUAAAUAAGCAUGCCAAGAAACGGCGGCAUCUAUGUUUAA